AUGCAGACCAUUUCGACAACCAGGCAAGGCGCCGUCACGGUCAACCAAGGCGAUGCGGCCGGUGACGGCCCCGAUCACGCCGUAUGGCUUCCGGCGCUGGCGUUUGCCGUGGCGGCCGGCACAUUUGCGCUCGGCCAGUUUUCUUUUGCUGCGGCGUUGAGCGUGGCCGUGGCCGCAUCGGCCGGUUCUGCACUGAUCGCGGUCGGGCGCGGUGCGGAACGGUUGCGGGCGCCACUGUUCGUGGACCGCCUCGCCCAAGGCUGCCUCUGCGCGGCGCUUCUGUGGGCCGCCCAGCUGCUGACCGCCGGAUUGCUGCCGGCGGGCAUGGGCCUUGUUUCAACCGGCCUGACCGUUCUGGCCCUGUUCAUGGCCCUGUCGGCCCUCGAAGCGAUGGCGGCCGCCGGGCUUUGCCUUGCUGCCCGGCGUGGCCUGGGCGGGUCGAUCGCCGCGGCGAUCGUGCUCGACAAUCGCGGCUUUGCGAGCCUGGGCGCGCUUCGCCGCUGA